AUGGCGGCGGAGAGCGGAGGGGUAAGAUUCAGCGGUCACACCCUGGACAAAGCAACAAAGGCAAAGGUGACACUCGAAAAUUAUUACAGCAACCUUAUAGCCCAGCAUAUGGAGCGAAAGCAGAGGUUGGCUAAAUUAGAAGAAUCAUUAAAAGAAGAAGGACUUUCAGAAUCACAAAAACAGGAGAAAAGAAAUCAGCAUGCCCAAAAAGAGACAGAGUUCCUACGAUUAAAGCGUUCGAGGUUGGGAGUUGAAGAUUUUGAACCCCUCAAAGUUAUCGGAAGAGGUGCAUUUGGAGAGGUGAGGCUAGUUCAAAAAAAGGACACUGGACAUGUGUACGCCAUGAAAAUCCUUCGCAAAGCAGAUAUGCUGGAGAAGGAACAAGUGGCUCAUGUAAGAGCAGAACGGGAUGUCCUUGUUGAAGCUGACCAUCAAUGGGUCGUCAAAAUGUAUUAUUCCUUUCAGGACCCAAUCAAUCUCUACCUCAUUAUGGAGUUCCUUCCAGGAGGAGAUAUGAUGACCCUCCUAAUGAAGAAGGACACCCUAAGUGAGGAAUGUACCCAGUUCUACAUAGCCGAAACUGCUCUUGCAAUAGACUCCAUUCAUAAACUAGGAUUCAUUCAUAGGGAUAUAAAGCCUGAUAAUCUUCUUCUGGAUGCUCGAGGGCAUAUCAAACUGUCAGACUUUGGGCUUUGCACAGGGUUAAAGAAGUCUCACAGGACUGACUUUUACAGAGAUCUCAGCCAAGCAAAACCUUCAGAUUUCACAUCAAACCCAAUGGAUAGUAAACGUAGAGCUGAAAGUUGGAAAAGGAAUCGAAGACAACUAGCUUACUCAACUGUUGGCACACCUGACUACAUAGCACCUGAAGUGUUUCUCCAAACUGGAUAUGGCCCUUCUUGUGACUGGUGGAGUCUUGGUGUUAUUAUGUAUGAAAUGUUAAUAGGUUACCCUCCAUUCUGUUCUGAAAAUCCGCAAGAAACAUAUAGAAAAGUCAUGAAUUGGCGUGAGACACUAACAUUUCCACCGGAAGUACCUAUCUCCGAGGAGGCGAAAGAGACUGUCCUAAGGUUCUGUAUGGAAAGUGACAAACGGCUUGGCAGUUCUAGGGGGAUAGAAGAGCUCCGUAAUGCACCUUUUUUUAAUGGAGUUGACUGGGAUCACAUGAGGGAGCGGCCAGCAGCAAUACCAGUUGAUGUUAAGUCGAUUGAUGACACAUCCAAUUUCGAUGAAUUCCCUGAUGUCAAACUCGAAAUACCAUCGGCACCCGUGGCCCAGGACGGGGAAGUGACCCACAAGGAUUGGGUGUUCAUCAACUACACCUUCAAGAGGUUCGAGGGCCUUACCCAGCGAGGAGCCCCGAACAAGAAAUAG